UAAGUCCAGCAUAGCAAAUACCAUUAAACAAAAGCAAUGGGGGCUUUUCUCUCUUCCAUCUUUGGUGGCGGCGGCGGCGACGCACACGCGGCGUCGUCUUCGGCGGAGAAUUCUCGCGUCGAAACCUUCCACUCUUCGGCGCGCUGGCAGCUUCACUUCAACGACAUCAAGGACUCCUCUAACCUCGUUGUUAUAGAUUUCUCUGCUUCGUGGUGUGGACCAUGCAAAUUCAUAGAGCCAGCAAUUCACGCCAUGGCCGAAAACUUCACCGAUGUUGAAUUCAUCAAGAUCGACGUCGACGAAUUAUCUGAUGUGGCGAAGGAGUUUGAGGUGCAGGCGAUGCCGACAUUCGUGUUGGUGAAGAAAGGGAAAGAGAUUGAGAGGGUUGUUGGCGCCAAAAAGGAUGAGCUUGAGAAGAAGAUUCAGAAACACCGAGCUUCCCAAUCUUAAUUAGAAGUUAGAACCACCCAUCUCUCUCUUCAUUAUUCAGCUAUGUAUCUUUCUUUUUCCUUUUCUUUUUCUCUUUAAUUAAAGAAAAUAUACUGAGUGAGCAUAAGUGGUUGGAUUUGGCUAUGAUGUUAUGUUAUGACGAUGAUGAGUGAAAUUUAAACUCAUUGGGUUGCUUCUGGAAGAUAAUGCCUACUUGGACCAUGUCUAUGAUAACAUACAUUGUCUUGCUUUUUCGAAAAUUACUGGAUUUCCUUGCCACAUAUACAAUGUUGGCAGAAAUUCUGGUGUGGGUUUUUCAAC